CAGCAGGCAGGUCAUUAGCAUUUUACAGCCACAGCUGGUAACCCAGCCAGCCAGAGUGUGCAGCCUGUGCAAGGAGGAAAGUGCUGCAGCACGCACUGGAGGGGGGAACCAGAGACAGCAGCAGCAGCAGCAGCAGCACUGAAUGUGCCCGCAUCUCCUACAGUACAAGCUGCAUUCCCUCCUGGAUGGAAGCAAUCCCCCUGCAGCUGACACAUCCCCAUCAUGUAAUACCUGACUCCAGCCUAUGCAUUCUCUUUGCUGCUUAUCAUGGACCACGGUACGUGUCUCUUUGAUCUACUAACCCAGUAAGGAAAUGUGAGGCUGGCAAUCCGGAGCUGUGUCAUGACUGCAGCAGAUAUUCUCAGCUCAUGAAUAAUUUGCCUCUUAUUUUUUGCAGCCCUGGAUGACUGGAGUAAGGGGGCACGCUGGCAGCAAGUGAGGGCAUCCUGAUCACAUUGUCACUGAGACUGGCUGGGCUGUAUGCUGGCAUUAGACGGGCUGGUUCUGUAGAUGUUAUAGAGUUACCCAUUGGCUACCAGGAGGCUGUAGAUUGUGGGCAGACGUGUGCCAGGUGCGCAGUGGCACUGAGGUAUGCAGCAGUGGCAUGCAGCACUCACUGAGGUGACUGGUAGGCAGCACUGGCAUUGAAGUGGGUAGCACUGGCACGGCUGUUUGGGGCAUAUAUCUCUGCAUCUUGGGACUGGCACCUUGGCACCUGCCCCCCCUCUGGACUGUUUGCUGAUACACGUGAAGGGGUCUCUCUCUCUCCUCCCACAUGUUCCAUCAUGUUCACAUUAUGCGUUGGGGGCGAUCACGGCUAAUACUGUAGAGAUGGUUGUGCUGCACCCCCUGGAUGGCCACAUGGAGGGGGCUCUGCUUACAUUGCAUGCUGCCUGCAUUGCGUCUCAGUGUCAAUUCCCAUAGAAAAAAAAUAGCUUUUUUUUUGUUUUUCCCUUUCUAUCCCCCUUCUCCCUUACCAGUAAAAAAAAAAAAAAGCCUCGUCUAGGAUGUAGUAUCUUGAAUGGUUGGACUUGUGAUACCCAGGGAGGAUCUGUUCCUGCCUGCACCAAACAGCUCUCAUGUUUCUGCUGAUACUGCAACGUCAAUAAAUGGUUAGAGAGAGUUUGCUAUUCCUCUUAAUGUAUUCAGACUUGUACCAAUACCACACUCAUUACUGCUAUAGAGGGGGCUCCUGCUCCUGUGCUGCGGCUGGUCUGCAGAGAUCCCUGGAACCGGUUCUUCUUCUGCACAUCUCAGCAAUUUGGAAUAAACAACACAAGGAGUGAGGAUUUAAAGCACUUUUUUUUUUUUUUUUUUUUACUGUUGGAGGAUUCUCCUCAUGCCAUCAGCACUGGCAACCCAUUAAAUAGAAUUGCUUUCAAUGCAGCCUCCCCAUAGCAUUCUGUAUGAGCACUUCUGCAGGACAUUCUCUGGCUAUGUUGUGUAUUUAAGGGGCACAGGACUAGGUGCUCUGCAUGUGCCUUCCCCUAUGCUACAAGGCUUGACGCAUUCCCAGCCUGCUGCUGCUGCUGCUAUUACCUCUCAUGUUACUGCAGCUGCACCCACAUAAGCAUUCAUCUACCGCACUGGCGUGAUCUUCUGGUUUACCUAACGUUAGAUACAAAAAAACAAGGAGAAGGCAAGAGGAAAAAUCUGCUGAGUUGGCAAAGACUAGCAUCUAUCCUAAAGCAUUUCUGGUUGGAACAACUGUGAUAGCAGUCCAGCAAUGUUAGAUUCAGCUAGGAGGACGGACAUGCUUCAAUAGGGGAGGAAAGAGUAAGGAUCUUAUUUACUUAGCAAAAUUUAAAACAACAAGCACAGGGGGGAUUUGGCUGCAGCAGUAGACUGAAAGGGGGCACAAAGGUCUGCACCCCCCCCCCCCUUCCUACCCUGUUUCUGUUGUUUUGAAGAACCCCAAGGACCUGGCAGUCUUUAGAAUAAGGAGUCAAGGGGUAGAAGGAGGGUGCUGCAGCAGCAAAGUGGUUACCUUCAGCAGCACCUCCUCCCCCACCCCUCCUCCCCUGCAGAAAAAUGACCGUGAUAGCUGGGGAGAACAUGGACGAGACCUCAGCCCUACCUGGCCACCCUCAAGACAGCUAUCAGCCAGAUCAUGAAGACCAUGAGUGUUGUGAGAGGGUGGUCAUCAAUGUGGCUGGACUGCGCUUUGAGACCCAGUUAAAGACCCUAGCCCAGUUUCCUAACACCUUGCUUGGAAAUCCCAAAAAAAGAAUGCGCUAUUUUGACCCUCUUAGGAAUGAGUACUUUUUCGAUCGCAACCGCCCCAGUUUUGAUGCCAUAUUGUAUUAUUACCAGUCUGGGGGCAGGCUCCGAAGGCCAGUGAAUGUGCCCCUAGACAUGUUUUCAGAAGAGAUCAAGUUUUACGAACUAGGGGAAGAAGCCAUGGAGAAGUUUCGGGAGGAUGAGGGCUUUAUAAAAGAGGAGGAGCGCCCUUUGCCAGAAAGAGAGUUCCAAAGACAGGUGUGGCUUUUGUUUGAGUACCCUGAGAGCUCAGGGCCAGCCAGGAUUAUCGCCAUAAUUUCAGUCAUGGUAAUCCUCAUCUCUAUUGUUAUUUUCUGUUUGGAGACUUUGCCAGAGUUAAAGGAAGACCGGAUCUUCAGCCGCAAGGUGGACAACAGUACAGUGUUCUUCAAAUCCAACAUCUUCACGGAUCCCUUUUUUGUGGUGGAGACCCUCUGCAUCAUCUGGUUCUCCUUUGAAUUGGUGGUAAGGUUUUUUGCUUGUCCCAGCAAACCAGAGUUCUUCAAGAACAUCAUGAACUUUAUUGACAUAGUGGCCAUCAUCCCAUACUUUAUCACCUUGGGGACUGAAAUGGCCGAGCAAGAGGGUCCCCAGAAAGGGGAGCAGGCAACAUCUUUGGCCAUCCUGAGGGUCAUCAGACUGGUAAGAGUCUUUAGAAUCUUCAAACUCUCCAGACAUUCUAAGGGCCUCCAGAUUUUGGGACAAACCUUGAAAGCUAGCAUGAGAGAACUAGGGUUGCUAAUCUUUUUUCUAUUCAUUGGGGUCAUCUUGUUCUCCAGUGCAGUGUACUUUGCUGAAGCAGAAGAGGAUGACUCUCAUUUUACAAGUAUCCCUGAUGCUUUCUGGUGGGCGGUGGUAUCCAUGACCACUGUGGGCUAUGGUGACAUGUACCCUGUGACAAUUGGAGGCAAAAUCGUGGGCUCUUUGUGUGCCAUUGCUGGUGUCCUGACAAUUGCCCUGCCUGUACCUGUCAUCGUGUCCAACUUCAACUACUUCUACCACCGAGAAACUGAAGGAGAGGAACAGGCUCAGUUACUCCAUGUUAGUUCCCCCAAUUUAGCUUCUAACAGUGACCUGAGUCGACGCAGUUCUUCAUCUAUGAGCAAAUCUGAGUACAUGGAGAUUGAAGAGGAUCUGAAUAAUAGCAUAGAUAACUUUAGAGAAGCAAAUCUCAGAACUGGCAACUGCACCGUAGCCAAUCAGAACUGUGUUAACAAAAGCAAGCUACUGACAGAUGUGUAGAGCACAGCCCACAGCUGCAGGAUGCUAAUCUCUGUAGAUGCUUUAUAACUAGUCUUUGAAUGCUUUAUCAUCGUUAAUGCAUUGUUGCAUUGCGAAUUUGUGCUCAGCGAACAAAAGAAGCUUUCAGGAUCCAUGAAAGAUAACUAUUAAUCAUUUAUUUUUAAAUGGGAUUUUUUUUUUUUUUUUGUCUUCUAACUGGUCAGUGGGAAGUAUCUCCCAACCAGUUGUAAUAGAUAAAGGGUUAAAAACAAAAUGCUAAAAGAUAUGCAUGGAUUUGCAGUAGAUUUUCAAAGACAACUAACGACAGAGCAUCCAAGGAAGUGCAUCAAAGGGUUAACGUGUAUGCAAACACUUGCUCUUUUUUUGUUUUUGAUCUGAAGAAGUGUUUUACUGUCCAGUGAAAUAAUAUGCACUUACUGAUGACCUACUGAUCCAUAAAGCACCUUAGGAACCAACCCAUGACUUUGCUUCAUCUUAAAGGGAUAGGAACUUAUACAAUAUUAAAUCACUUAAAUGGAUAAAAAAAAUGGACAUCUGCAAUUGCUGCUAGAAUUUUCUUUCUUAAAUGCAGAUGAUUUCAACUUUAUUUUUUAGUUCUAUUUGGUUCACAAAACUUGGAUGCAACCCCUUCUCUUUUUGCCCCCCUCAGUCCUUGUUGCAAUACAGCACAAUGGUAUUAACCAUACGCAUGUUUUUCAAUUUGAUACCUACUGUAUUUAUUUGGUAAUCUCGCAUGACUGAAAUGAUACCUCAAUCAAUAUGGGGGAUAAGUUUUAUUUAUUUAUUUAUUUAUUAUUUCCUUUAUCUAAUUGUCUUUUUUUUUUAAAUAAAAUCCUCUGGCUUCCAGCGUGGAUUGUGCAGUGCGAGUCGCACUAGCCCACCCUGGUAGUGUAAAGGACGAACAUAAUUCAUUUUUUUAUUUACAUAUCGUUUAUUUUCAUUUUACAAUACUUGUCAUUUGCAUUCACCAAAAGUGCACUCCUAAUUUCUGAAAACCUUUCAAUUAGUAAUUUACAGUACUGUAUGUAAAUGCAUAGCAAGUUAAAUGGAGACAUAACCUUUUUCGAAGACCACGCAUGUUCAAAUAUUCAGCAUUAUGGCCUAUUCGACUAAGGUGUAACCUGAAGUAAUUUAUGCAUGAUAUCAGUAUUAUAGAAAAAAAAAAAGUACAAAAACAUAAACAAAACGUUCUUAUCGGAUUAGGAGCCAGAUGGAAUUUAAGGGCCUAAUGCUUUUCCUGAAGUGUAUCUCAGGGAAAUAUGUUAAGUUCUAACCAGGCAUAAUUAUUUAAAAAAGAAAAACAACAACAACAAAAAAAACCUACUUACAACUAAAAUCCUAGGUUUACUGUUUGGCUUCUUAAAAGCCAAAGCGAACAGUAUGUAGUGAUACCUAAGAAACUUAAAGCAAAGCAUAGAUUACUGAACUGGUAAAGAUGCAUGUAUAUGGCUUCAGUCUCAGAAUGUAAUUUACCACUUACUGUAUGCAUCUUAAAACUGCAGACCAUUUCCUUAGCUUUCAUUAUUUGACGUCCAUAGACUUGUACUCCUCUAGAAUUUGCUAAGGAAACUCUAGAGAACCAGGAUGAUCUAGUAGUUGCUAGUGCCUUUUUCCUUUCUUCACUGACUCGCUGAAAGUGCCUCUGUGAAUACAGCUAAAAUGGACAGGAACUGUGGUGUUCUAUCAAAAAUGUCUAGGUGACUUCACAUAACCAAUAUGAAUCUCUUUGGGGCAAGCUAGCUAACCCCUCUUAUCCAAAUACCUAAAUAAAUAUCAACUUUAUGUGUAGAGCAAAAGGGCAAGUUUUCUUGGAUGUCUAUUAUCUUGGAAGAUCAUGUGUAUUGAUAAUGCUUUUUAUUUGUUUCGCAACAAGUUACAAAACUUUUAUAUUGCUAAUGUGCUGUAAGGAGGAAUUAAAACUUUCACCUGGAAGUGAAAGUUAUGCACUUAACAAGCUACGUUUUUUUUUUUGUUGCUGUUGAGUCAUUCAUGAGUUUACAGUAGCUCCCCUCCUGCCCCUUGCACCGGUAACCACCAAUACGACGCAAUGCUGCAAAAUUUUUAUUUAUUUAUAUGCACACUGCCAACAUUUAUGGAAAAUUUUUGUACCCUGCAAAAAAAGAAAAAGAAUCAGGAUGAUGUCUUUCUAGAAAAGGUGGACUAGUAAUUAGUGGUGCAUUCAAGGCUUAUACCCUUUCCGCCAUUGCUGCAUUUUUUUUUUACUUUUUUUUUUUACCCCAAGUCAUUUUCACAAAAGCGGCAAAAUCAUCUGUCAGCUUUAUCAGGCGAUGUAAAAGCAGGACGUUUAGGAUCACUAUGCUCAGCCAGCUUUGAGGUACGUUUGUAGAUUUAGUUAGAUAGAAUAAAUAUUUAAAUGAAUCAUGGACCUGGGGUGGAAAAAAUGAUCCAUUGAUGGUUUAUAUGCUGUUAUUGCAAAAUGAUGCCAUAUAGGACAAUGACUAAUAGUGUUAAACAGCUAUCCUAUGCCUGAAGGACCUUACGCACUCAGAUCCUGAUGACAACAAACAUCAAAGUCCAGGAUUCCUGGAACAUUGAGAAGGGCAAUGUAAACUAAGAUCUUCCGCCUCUGCUACCCCGAUCCCUUGAGAUUACAAAAUGUAAAAAAAGCAAGACCUGAAAUCACUCUCACUUAAGAGUCUUUGGAUGAAACCGCACAGAUGGAUUGACUUUUUUCCACCUCCAUAAAAAUCUAAACUUAAAAAAGCAAAAACGAAAUCUGCAUUGCAACUCACAACAGGGCAUUAAGAUUCCAAGUACAAUACCAUGUGUACAGCUCAAUACAAAAAUCUCGGUUGCCCUAUCCAUGCUACACAACUAAGGUAGGAAAUUAAAGGCUUUUUCCCAUCCUCCAAUGACAUUAGUGCUGCACUCAGUACAACUGCAAUAAGAUGUUUUUUGCUGUGAAGCUGAUAAGGUGAUUUACAUAACAUCAGACAAGGCUGGAUUCUCUACUUGGUUUCUAGGAUAAGGGGGUUCCCAUAACUUUCUUUUAUGGACUUAAUAAUUCUGCAUGAGUACAAGAAAAAGUGCUGCAUGAAUUUAAAUUUUUAUUUUUUUAUUAUUCUUUUAUUUUAUUUUUUAAAGGUUUAGGUGCACAUUAGUUGGGGUGCAGUCUGGGAUGUGUGAAUGAUGCUUUUCUCAUUGUAACUCAGUCCAUUUGGAUAACAUUAUGUUUGAAGUACAGGGAUAAAGUCACAUAGCCUAGGCAUGCAGAUCUGGAAAUUAAAAGUCUGACGAAUCUCUUAACUUUUUCAAAUGUGCUCAAAUGUCUUUGUAGACCUGAACGUGCACUUGACAAUUUGCUUGUUAUUUUAAAAAAAAUAAUAAAUAAAAAUAAUAUUUUUUACAGUU